ACCUGGGGGACAGAUGUGGUUACAGUAUAAAAAGCAAUAGAAGGUUUCCCAGGGUCACCAAUGCUGGAGCACACCUGUUAUCGCUGACCUGCUCUGCGCUUGAGAAAUUUUUUAAACAUGAAGAAAUGUGUUGAAUAUGCACUGCUUCUCAUCAUUUUCAUUAUUCAAGGUUCUCUACAGCAAAGAAUCAUUGGAGGACAAGAGGUUGAGCCCUAUUCUAUUAAGUACCAGGCCUCCAUACAGUACAACAACAACCACUACUGCGGAGGAACGCUCAUAAACGCACAGUGGGUGGUGUCUGCUGCCCACUGUUGGAAGCCAAACUAUUUGAUCAAAGUUGUGCUGGCCGAGCAUGAUCUGUCCAAGAAAGAGGGAGUCGAGCAGGUGUUCAAUGUCUCCAGAACGCUGGUCUACUACCUCUACAACUACAGGACAUUUGACAACGACAUCAUGCUCCUGAAACUUGAACGGCCAGCCGACCUGAACGCCUAUGUCCAGCCAGCUGUGCUGCCAAGCUCGGACACCCUGCCGAUGUACGGAGGCAUGUCGUGCACGGUGAGCGGCUGGGGGGUCACACAAGUCUACAGCUACUACCUGUCCCCUGUACUCCGCGCUGUGGACGUGCAGAUCAUCCCAAACUGCCAAUACUACUACUACUUCAGAAUCACAGACAACAUGGUGUGUGCCGGAUCUCUGCUGGGAGGUAAAGAUUCAUGCCAGGGUGACUCCGGUGGUCCUCUUGUGUGCGACGGCAAUUUUGAAGGUAUCGUCUCCUGGGGCAUCGGCUGUGCCAACCCCUACUUUCCUGGCGUCUACACCAAGAUUCGCAACUACAUCCGCUGGAUCAACUGGAUCAUCAGCGACACCACCACCGACUAGACUGUUUGUGCUUUUUAUAUGUGGACAGUCGGGUGCAAAAAGGGCAUGUUUUGUUGAUUUUCUACCUGAAAAUAAGUGCACAUUCUCUGCCCAUUAUAAUGUACAAUUACUGUUUAUUUGCUGAAUUUAACAUAUUAAAGGAAAAAUUACAGCAAAUAAACUGAAACUGUGCUGUAAAAUUUGCAGAAAAUUGCCAUAUUUAAGUGUGUUCUCUGUAGAGGGUGUGUUAGAAAAUCAACAAAACAUGUUAUUUGACUGGGGCUGUUCAAACCUUUGCACACGACAGUAUAUAAUAUUGUUGUCUAGAAGUGUAAAUCUCUGACUUCACAGUGAUUCGUUUCCAUUACGAUUCUUUAGGAAAUGAUUCAAUGCAUUAUGAAUACUCAAAUUUCACCACAAUUCAAUUAUAUAAUGAUUCAGAAUUGUUGCUAAAAAUGCAUUGAAUACACAGAUGAGACUGGAGGAACGAUUUACACAGUAGUGGAAUAUUGACAAUAUAAACAGUCUAGUCAAAUUACAUUUGAAAAUAGCCUGAGAAUUUUGUUUGCCAGAAAAUGAGUAAAUAUUUAACUGAAUAUCAUUAUAUUUGAUUAGCAAUCAUAACAUUCCAUUGAUUAAUGUGGUUGAAUUGCCACCUUCAGAGUGACCAAAUGCUUUUUUUUACACCCCUACUUUUGUCCAUACAGUGUCCACAUAUCAAGUCAUAAGCUAUACUAACCUUUAUAGUCAAUUAUGAGGGUCUAAUUAAAAGGGGAAAAGGGGGCUUCUUUAAUGUUUGUGCCAGUGGCCAAAUCUUAUAGCUAUGGUAGUGUUUGCCCGUAAUAACAUGAACAUGACUGGAACAAAAAAACAAUCGCUUAACGGUCAGGCAGAUGUUAAAGCUUACGUCAAAGGGAAAAAUGUCAGUUUGUGUCGAGACUGCUGUUUGUUUUGGCCUGUGUUCAAACCGACAAGACUAAAACGCUGAUGAAAUGUUAUUCCACCCUGCAAAAAGGGCAGUAAAUGACUACGCUGUAAUACCAAAAAGCAUCUGGCUGCGGUAUUUUCAUCUAAACAAAUUGGUAGUAAUGAAUAUAACAUCCCUCAUUCAACUCACAUCGCAUUUCCUUGACAAUCUUCUGCAUAACGUCCUGGCGUAGGACCACACUGCAAUUACAAAAACAUUAUAUUUCCUUGCUAUCACUGCAGUGGGUUCCUCCCAGGUUGUGAAAAUGAGAAAACUAUUAUUGCAUCUUUUCAGUGAAGUGGGGCUUCAUCUAGUUAAUCUUAAGCUAUUUUUUUUUUAAGAGCAAGAUGAUUUCACCAUGAUUUCACACAAAACAUCACCGUCAUUGCUCAGUGACCUUUAAACACCAGCCCCCCCCACAUCUCUUUCUUAGUGUAGUGGAGCGAAAG